AUGUUGAUUUGGCUCGAGAGGGUCUCAAUGAGCAGCGGUAGCAGCGGCAAUGGCUGUGGCUAUGCCAAGCUGUUGCGUGAAACUACAAGGGUGAUAACUCGCUGCGGACGACGUAAGCAGUGGGCUUUGGCUUUGCAGGUGUUGUUGGAUCUGCAGCGCAAGACCCAAGCUGCAAAGAUUGAUGGGGAGUCUUUUGAGUCAAGUCCUUCUGGUGCACCUAUCAUUCCCAGCCACAAGAGCCAUGUGUCGCUUUCUAUUAUCUCGUUCAACGCCACGAUCAGCGCAUGUGAAAGAAGUUCCAUGUGGAUGUGGGCGUUGCACUUACUUAGGGAAAUUGACGCUCAGAGAUUGCAGCCCGAUAUCGCAAGCCUCAAUACUUGCAUGAGCGCAUGCUCCAGAGCCCAACGAUGGCAGCAAACUCUGGAUUUCUUCGAAGGCCUUGGGUCAAAGGCACUGAGACCCAGCGCUGUAACCUUUGGCACCAUGGUCAAGGCCUUGGAACAUGAUUGGAUCCGAUCCCUAGUGGCCUUGCAAGAAGCGGAUCGCAGCCCUGGCCGCCUUGUGUCACUGGUCACUUGGAACAGUGCCAUCAGUGCAUGUGACAAGGGGCAGCAGUGGCACAUUGCUUUGGUCCUACUUGACGAGAUGAAACAGACGGACAUCAAGGCAGAUGUCGUCUCUUACAACACGGCCAUGAGUGCUUGUUGUCGAUCCCACAACUGGAUACUGGGGAUGGAACUUCUAGACAAGAUGAGAUGGACUCGUCUUGAGAUGGAUCGAGUGACUUUGAAUAUCGCAGUUGCUGCCUGUGAAACAGCAACACUUUGGCUGGUGGCACUGAGGAUGCUGCAGGAAGCCGGAGAGUGUUUCCUGUCUCCAGACGUUUUCACCUACACUUCCAUGAUCGCAUCUUGCACAAAGCACCGGCAAUGGCUCCGUGCAGUGCAGGUACUGGAAACGAUGCAUAGCCAGACAGUUCAACCUAAUGCUCAAACAUACAACAGCAUAAUUAGUGCAUGUGCCCAAGGAAGUCAAUGGGAACGGGCUUUGGUUCACAGACAGAGGAUGGCAGACAACUUUGAGGACCCCAACAUUGUAACCUUUAGUGCCCUUAUCAAUGCCUUCGAGGAGGGCCAGCAUUGGGAGAAGUCACUUCAAGUUCUUCAGGAGAUUGACUGCAAUCAGAUAGACUUGAACUUGAUUGCAGCAAAUUCAAUCCUCAGCGCUUUGUCAAUCGGGGUGCAAUGGGAAAGAGCCUUGGAAGUUUUGCGCGAAAUGCCAAGACGCUCGUUGUCAUUGGACACUGUAUCAUGUAACACGAUUCUUGGAGGAUUGCAGAAGCAGAGUCGAUGGGUCCAUGCAAUGAAGACGUUUGGGCUACUUAGGAGGGUUUUUUCGGUGCAGACCGAUGCAAUCAGCUACAACUCUGUAAUGACGGCCCUCCAAAAAGGACAAGAAUUGGUCGGCCCUGCAGCAAUCUAUAUCAAUUUGCAGGGCCAAUGGCACAUGGCAACCAAGUCACCUGACACGGCACUUGGAGGUUCUAAGACAGACGCUUUGAGGGCAAGCAAUGAGCAUUGGAAGGGAGAACUCCAACAUAUGCUUGGAAAGCAUGGGAAUAAGGCUGGCCAACAGCAGCUCAAUUCCAGGCUAUUGAUUCAACUGUUGACGGAAGACAACAAUUUGCCGAAUCGAAUUGACUUCGACAUUGCUGCUGUUGCCAUUGAAUAUAAUACUGAGGGCAUUUCACUAUUUCGGAAUUUUGUUGAAUUGAUUAAACAGACAUCCAUAUUAAAAACAUUAAAACCCAAUUAA